AUGGCGGACGCCCCGCGCUUGCCGGCCGAGCUCCAGCCGCUGUGGGCGAUCGUCUCGCAGGAAUGCAGUGCCAGCUGCUUGGCGAUGCUGGAGCCGCAUCUCAGCAUGUUUGUCCAAGUGGCAGAUCUGGCCAAUCAGCAGGGACUGCCAAGGCUGAGAGCUUUCUUGAAGUGCAUAGGCGGUGCGACUGUUGCUUCUCCUUCCUUGCGGUCUGCCACUGCCUUGCCAGGUGGUGUGACUGUUGCUUCUCCUUCCUUGCCGUCUGCUGCACUCUUGGCCGCCUUGGCCUGUCUUUGCUGGUGUGCUUUGGCUGCACAAAACUAA